AUGACGAGUUCUACUUCAAAGAGUGGUGAGUGGUGGUUUCUGGGGACGUGUGUGGCAUGCUCUGCGCCCUGCUUUACUUCAUCCCCUCCAUGCCUCUCCAUCCUCCCCUCACUCCUCCUCUCCACCACACCCCACAGGCCGGAGCUAGUGGGGCGCACGUUUGGAGAUGCGCUCUUCCUGUUUGACAACGCCACCCCCUGCCAGAGCUGGUGGGCGCACGUUUGGCGAUGCGCUGUUUCUGUUGACAACGCCACCCCCUGUGGGCUCAUGAAGGCUCCCAAGCAGCACACCGCACCCGAUGCUUCCGGUGCUGCCGGCAGCUCUAUGGGCGAGGUGCUCGUGAACCCGCCCAGCUGGACGCUCAUAGAGGCCCCCAGGCAACACAGCACACCCGAUGCUUCCAGUGCCGGCAGCACAAUGGGCGAGGUGCUCGUGAACCCGCCCAGCGGACGCUCAUUGGCCCGGAGACAAGCUCCUAGUGAUAGCAGCGGACCGCAACAGCUACCGCCCGGGCCAAGUCGCCUGCCGCCCCCGCCGUCCGAGCUCACUGCUGCAGCUGUCCCGGCAGCCACUCAGAAAGCGCCACGUGGCACGAGCAGCAGCAGCGUGGGUGGCAAGCAGCAUGUGCUUAUAUGCGGAUGGCGGCCGGAAGCAAAGCAGCUGGUGGAGCUGUUGCCCUCGAUACUGGCACAAGGCAGUGAGGUGACGGUGGUGGCGACUCACAUCUCCCCAACAGACGAGCUGCUGCUGGGGAACAUUCGCAGGCACAAAAAGCUUCCUAUUCGCAUCAGUGAGUGCUGCUUGCAGGCAGGUGAGAGCGUGGCAGCCCAGCAGACAGGGAGAGCGUGGCAGCCCAGCAGACCGGGAGGUGAUGGAGUUCCGCUGCCUCUUGAGACCGUCGACUCGGGUGAUUCUGCUGCAGUCAACGCAAGUCAACGGGGGGGAGAACGGGAGGACGAGGAGGAGGAUGCUGGCAUGGCGGCCAGGGGGAGAGCACAAGAGGCGGCAAUAGUGGCAGAGGUGCCGGCGAGUGAGAGGGACGUGGCGAGGCAGGUGGAACGGCAUGCACUGGAUGGAGCUGUGUGUCCCGAGCACCUGGAGGCUCAAGUGCUGGCGCAGAUCACACACGACCCGGGUGAGAUGGGGCAGGCAGGGCACCUGGAGGCGCAAGUGCUGGCACAGAUCACACACGACCCGGCCCUAUGCAUCCCGUACCUCUCCACACACCCCUCCUCCCCAUUCCCUUCCUCCCCUUCCCCCCCACUCUUUCUUGUCGUAUCCACCACUGCCAGAUGUUGGAACGAUGUGGGCACGGUGUUGGACGAGAUAAUCGGGUCGGAGAGGAAUCGCAUGGCGGUGCGGCGAGCAGACGAGUUUAUCGGGGAGCACGAGGCAGGCAUCUUCAACCUCUGGGAGAUGCAGGCGCGGGUGCGCAUGAGUGAGGAGUUGGUGAUAGCGUAUCGGCACCGGGGGGAGUGGCACCUGAACCCCUCCAACAAGGACCAACUUAUUCCCUGGGGACAUGAUGACCGCCUGCUCGUCAUCCGAGCCUCGCUGACAGCUUCGGCCAGACCUGCAGCCGUCAGCACAGCCUGA